CCAUGUAAGGCGCAACGUGUUUUGGCCGGGUCUAGGUGUCGACCGUCACGGAACGGAUUCUUCGCUGAUAAAAAAGAAGAUGGUCAAAGUCGGCCACUCGAGACUCGGUCACUCCUCAUGCCCCAGCAGCAGCCCAGCGCGUGUAUAUAUAGAUGUAUAUGAACGAGCCCUGUUCCACCACCAACCCAAUCAAGAACCUGCACAAAUUCGCCAUGAAAACGGACACCGAGCGAGCUGCGCAAGACGAAGGACCGCCGCCGCCGCCGCCACCUCUCUUCGGCGAUAUCCUCGAGCUUACGCUCACUCGCGUGCCUCUCGUAGACCUCGUCUCCGCCUCCCAAGUGUCCCGCUCCUGGAAGCGCGCCGUCUCUUCCUCCCUCCGCCACUUGAACCCGAUCAGGCCCUGGCUCUUGGUCCACUCCCAGAGCACCCGCACCCCCUACGCCAUCUCCACGCGCGCCUUCGACCCCCGCUCCAGCGUGUGGCUGGACAUCUCCCUCCCCCAGCCCGCCAAGCACGCCUCCACCCUCCGGUCGUCGUCGAGCUCCAACCUCCUCUUCAUCCUCUCGCCCUCCAAGCUCUCCUUCUCCUCCGACCCCCUCCACCUGACGUGGCGCCACGCCGCCCCUCCGCUCGUGUGGCGCGCUGACCCCAUCGUCGCCCUCGUCGGUCACCGCCUCGUCGUCGCAGGCGGCGCCUUCGACUUCGACGACGACCCCCUCGCCGUCGAGACAUACGACCUCAGGGCCGGCGCGUGGGAGGCGUGCGGAUCCACGAUGCCCGCGCUCCUCAAGGACAGCUCGGCGUCCGCGUGGCUAUCGGUCACCGCGGACGAGGACAAAAUGUACGUGACGGAUAAACUGUCGGGCGUGACGCACUCGUACGACCCCGAGGCCGAUGCGUGGCACGGGCCGUACGAUCUGCGUCCGCACAGGGACGUGUACUGCUGCGUCAUCGGGUUCGCGAGCGGCCGGCUGAUUCUGGUGGGUCUGCUGGGGUGCGAAGAGAAUGUGAAGGGCGUGAAGGCGUGGGAAGUGGAGCGAGGGACGUGGAGGGCGAGGGAGAUCGGGGAGAUGCCGCCGGGAAUGGUAAGGAAGAUGAAGGGCGAGAGGUUUUGCGCGUCGUCGAUGAGCGCGUGCGGCGCCGGCGAUUUCGUGUACUUGAACAGGGAUUCGGAUCCGGGCACGGCGGUGUGGUGCGAGGUGGUGGGGGGUGGGGAUUGCCGGUGGGGAAGGGCGGAGAGCCCGGCAGCGAGUGGUGGUCGGGGGCCGGCGGAGAGGGUGGUAUUCACGAGCUCGAACGUGGGAAUGAGUGAGCUGAAGCAAGCUUUGGCUACUGGUGAUCCGAGGAAUGUAAUUAGGAGCACGUGAACCGAUCCAGCGGUCGAGAUUUUUUCCUCUGUUUUCUUCCGACACAAAUUAUUAAGCACUAUGUUCUCAAUUUUUCUCAUAUGUAAUAGAAGAAAUUUUUUAAGUACUCUCCGAAGUCGUCAUAGGUACGAGAAAUUCACAUGGGCGACCUUUCUUUUCGCUAAGA